CCCCAUGGAGAUGUGGGGAGCAGUUCCACCCCCAUGGAGAUGUGGGGAGAAAUUCCUACCCCAUGGAGAUGUGGGGAGCAGUUCCUCUGGCUGGGUGUCCCCAUGGAGAUGUGGGGAGCAGUUCCACCCCCAUGGAGAUGUGGGGAGCAAUUCCUACCCCAUGGAGAUGUGGGGAGCAGCUCCUCCAUCUGGGUGUCCCCAUGGAGAUGUGGGGAACAGUUCCUGUGGCUGGGUGUCCCCAUGGAGCUCUGGGGAGCAGCUCCUCCGGCUGGGUGUCCUCGUGGAGAUGUGGGGAAAAAUUCCUACCCCAUGGAGCUCUGAGGAGCACUUCCACCCCAUGGAGAUGUGGGGAGCAGUUCCUGUGGCUGGGUGUCCCCAUGGAGAUGUGGGGAGCAGCUCCUCCAGCUGAUGUCCCCAUGGAGAUGUGGGGAGAAAUUCCUUUCCCAUGAAGCUCUGGGGAGCAGUUGCACCCCCAUGGAGCUCUGGGGAGCAAUUCCUCCAGCUGGGUGUCCUCGUGGAGAUGUGGGGAGAAAUUCCUACCCCAUGGAGAUGUGGGGAGCAGUUGCACCCCCAUGGAGCUGUGGGGAGCAGUUCCUCUGUCUGGGUGUCCCCAUGGAGAUGUGAGGAGCAGUUCCACCCCCAUGGAGAUGUGGGGAGCAGUUUGUCCCCCAUGGAGCUGUGGGGAGCAGCUCCUCCAGCUGGAUGUCCCCAUGGAGCUGUGACAGUGACAGGAGGGGACAAACCCCUGGCCAGUGUGGGGGUUCCUCAUGGACAGCAGUGCCAGGAAAGGAGGCAGCAGAAUCCCUGGAUGUGGUUCUGGAGGCGCUACCAGACCCCUGGAGCAGCUGGAUGGCGCUGUCCCAGUCCUGGAGCUGCCAGCACUGUCCCCAAUGUCACUGCUGGGGACAGCCAGGGCAGGGACCUGUUCCAGGGGGGAUCCAGUCGGGAACCAGAGAGGCACAGGGACCUGUUCCAGGUGGGAUCCUCCUCCAGGUGAGCUCGGAUCAGGAGUCAGAGAGGCACAGGGCCCUGUUCCAGGUGGGAUCCCCCUCAGGUGGUCUCGGAUCAGGAAUCAGAGAGGCACAGGGCCCUGUUCCAGGCGGGAUCCUCCUCCAGGUGAGCUCGGAUCAGGAGUCAGAGAGGCACAGGGCCCUGUUCCAGGUGGGAUCCUCCCUCAGGUGGGCUCGGAUCAGGAGUCAGAGAGGCACAGGGCCCUGUUCCAGGUGGGAUCCCCCUCAGGUGAGCUCGGAUCAGGAGCCAGAGAGGCACAGGGCCCUGUUCCAGGUGGGAUCCCCCCUCAGGUGAGCUCGGAUCAGGAGUCAGAGAGGCA